AUGAAGGCAUACGAAAGCAUCCAGAAAAACCUCAGCGUGAACUUCACAAAGAAGCUGGACGAGUGGGCAAAAAUGCGCAACUCCGGCACUACAUCACAGAGGCCUUCGGAACACCAAAUAAAAAAGCUCCCGCAAGACUUCACCAAGAAACUCCAGGAAUGGGAAAAGAAAAAGGCGAUGAAUGCUAGCAAAUCAUUGUCUUCUGCCGGCGGAAUAAUCACGCCGAGCCCGAAGCCCGAUCGGAAAUCCACGUCAGCAGCAGCAGCAGCAGUCCGAUCCCAGCCAAAACAAGAAUUGCAAAGCAAAUUUUACUCGAAAGAGGAAAAGAGCAGCGGGAAGCAUUCGAAUAAGGAGAAAGACAUGGCGUGGUUGGAGAAGGAACUCAAGAAAAUCGAGCGAGAAAAGCGGCGGCUGGAACGAGAGAAGGAGAAGUUUCUCCGACGAGAAGCCAGGUUGGAGCAGAUAAAAAUGGCUCUGCGAACUCCGGAGGAUGAAAAUCACCAGCGGGAAAUACUCGUGAGGACGGCUUCCGGAGCUUGUUUACGGUUUGGCGGAAUUAGCAGGUCAUUUGCUAGACGGCUUCUGGAAUGGGAAGAAAGACAAGGAAUCAGUCCAGAGGCCUCAGCCAUGGCUCUGCUGCACAAGCCCGGGAAAAGAUUACAAACUGUCGAAAUAAUCACCAGUAAACCAAAGGAAAAUUCCAAUUUUUUGGAUCCAAGCACAUUUUGGAACGUAACAUUGACUCGAUCUCGGUCAGAAGGUUCCAUUCACGAAUCUGGGAAUGCUGCUGCUGUACAAGCAACUAAAAAUCGAUCAUCGACACUAUCUUUGGAUGGAAUCGAGCGACAUGGCGGAGGAAGCAGCAGGAGUCACUCGGAACCCGAUCUUAAAUCGUCGAUUGACAAUGCGAGGAACCCAAUCGACGAUUCUCGGCUGCAAAAGGAAUCUUGUGCAAUAGUGGUAGACGUAGAGGAGUUGGUGGAAGAAUCGAAACCAAUCCGACCUCCGGCUCUUGCUGCUGGUAUUUUGGUCGAAGCACCUGCUCAACCUCCGCCACUCGUCACAUUCUGUGCACCUGAAGUCACCGAUUGCAUUCGAAUCCCGAUGAGCACACCGAAGAGCAGCGAAGGAGGAAAGGACCGAGACUCUCUGGGGAACGGAGGAAAAAAUCCUGCUGAUCGCUACAGUAAUCUUUUAGACGAAAACAUCAACAUAAUCGAACAAAUGCAGUCGAACGACGCAUUGUGCAAACGCAUUGAAACUCAAAUCGAAGAGCUGCAAACGAAGAUAGAGCACGUGGGUUGGCAUACGAGGGAACUCGGUACUCGAAAAAAUCGCGAAGAAGCAAAAGCAGGAGAAGCGAGUGACUCCGAAGAAGAGAAGAAACGCCUAGAGGACAGAAGAUUGAUGCUAAAAAUGAAGAUCAGUGAACUUGAGGCGUUUCACGAAAAACUCAGUCACGAUCGAGAGAAUCUCAAGAUCGCUUUGGAGAGAUAUGCUGCGAAACAAGAAAGACUGGCCCAAGUGCUUGUCGGAAAAAUUGAGGAAUUGGCGAAUGUUCACGGAAACAAAGACAUCUGGCAGAUUUUCGGGCAAGAAGCGAUGAAGUCGACCAAAUAUAAUCCUCAAUACCAGCGUGUCGAUGCCCUGUCUUCGGAGUUGCUUGAGCACUGGCAGAUUUUCGGGCAAGAAGCGAUGAAGUCGACCAAAUAUAAUCCUCAAUACCAGCGUGUCGAUGCCCUGUCUUCGGAGUUGCUUGAGCACGCUAGGGAUAUUGAAGCUCAACUGAGUGCUAGGAACCGAGAAAUCCGAUCGCUACACUUGCAGCUAAUUGAAAAGGGAAUGCACCGACUGCAGGAAUCGGAACCCGCUGGCAACUGCAGCAACCAUCAUUCCCGUUCCUGGUCGUCGAUUGAAGCUGUUGGGCCACAUGCCCUUUCGAAACUGCUGGAAAGUAGCGGAUUUGGUGCAGAUCGUGGCUUAUCGUCACUCAGAGAUGCUCAUCGUCGGACUUCAAAGCAAGAACUUAGCAGAAAAGUCAGGGAACUCAAAGCAGAACUGCUCAAGAUGUGGAACUCGCAAGAUGGUGUACAGCCGGAUAAACUCGACGAAGACGGUGGAAAUAUGGGUGAAAGAAGUUGGCAAGACCCGAGAUUGAGUGAUUCGUCGCCUUCGACGAGUGGGAAAAACGGCCUGGAUUCCGCAUCAGCCACGUUUCCCAGCAAGAAGUCAACUUUCAACGACGUCGUCAGUGACGAUCAAGUCGCCGACGACCUGCUGGAGGACCCUCCUUCAUUCCGCGAACUCCCAGCUGACGAAGACUUCGAGGAGGACUCGACGUCACUCAGCUGCUCCAAAGCCAGCAACAAGGACCAGCAGUCUCGGGCCGAAGACCCAAUGGACGACGACGAGAGCGAAUGUCAACCGACGCGGCAUCAUCAUCAUCAUCGUCAUCGUCACGGCCAGCACUCGUCCACAGAGUCGUCAGUGGUCGACCAUCAACUCAGUCCCACCAAGACUCCGUCUUGGAUGCAGAAUGACGAAUUCGAUGACGCGAAUAACGCGACGCAGUUCGUCAUCGCUUUGCCGUCGCCGUCGGCAGCCGGGGGUUACAUGAGGAAAACAUCGUCGGACUUGACGUCUUCGACUUCGGAUAGGACGCAUUCGCCGAGCAAGCAAAGCUCUGACGGGGAUUUCAGGGCAUUGACGGAUUCCGGAGAAGACAGUCUGCAGUUGUUUGAGCACCAGUCGUCGUCGCAGCAACGGGAUGACGAGACUCCUCCGCCUUGCGAGGAGUUUUUCUUCUCCCUCCCGAUCGGGUUCUCGCAGGGGUUUCAACUUGUUCAGCGAACGGAAGCAGACGAAGGCGAAGACACAUCACAAGUCGAAGCAAGGGGCACGAACAAGAGACGAAUUUCCAGGGACAUGUUUAGCAGGCAAAUCGCUUUCGACGACGGACGUGGAUUUGCGAACCUAGGGAAGCAACUUUCCGGGGCUUCUGAAGACACGUACAAGGCCAGUGAUUCCCCGACCGGAACUACGACGUUGACGCUGUCGAGGCAGAAUUCGGAAACGUCGACGACGAAUGCUGUCAAUAAUGAUGGUUCCGGUCUGGCUCACCGAGAGACAAUGAGUGACACGGGCGAUUUCGGGCAAUCGCCUGCUAUGUCCGCGUCGGCGAAUCACGACACCUGUUUCGCUGAACGAUUCAAUGCGUUAUCUCGCUCAGCCACGGAAGUAAGCUCCAGGUCAACGGGAGCCGGCUGCAUUUUCUCCUCAGCACAGGGGGAGCCGAGGCUCAUAGACAGGCCGGAAAUCGUGCCUACGCAAAUCAGGAAGUUAUUUUCGACGCAGCAAAGUUCUCCACAGACCUCCAGGUGUCGACUCGGACUUCCGGCGCCUACUUCCGACGACGAUGACGUCGACGCGGACUCCAAGAUCCCGAGUGCUGCUGGGGACGACGCUGAAACCCAGAGCAUCGUCAAAGUCAUUGUGCCAACGACAAAAUCCUUCUUCAAGUUUCCCCAGGACUCGAACAGCAGACCCCCUGCAAGACGAAAUACGGGUGAUUCGUUCCGCAAACCCAAAGAGCCCGACGAAGCAUCGAUCAACUCAUUGGGCUCGAAACCGACCCAAAAACAGCGAUGGAAAGUCAGUCGCAAAAUGAGCUCCAUUCUAAGAUCCAGAUCAAGUCCUGCAGUUCCAGACGCGGUGAAUGAUCGAACAGUGAGUCCAUCAUCCGUACGAUCAAUGGUCCAACACUACAACCGAUUUCUGAAGGGUACUCGUCGCAAAAUGGAAGACCCUGGAAAGACUUCAACGAUUGAAAAGAAGGAAGUUCAGAGCAAUGGCUCUGGUCCAAGCCCGGAGCCACGUCGGCCGCCGACAUUGCACCUGCCACCGCCACCUCAGCCUCUACCUGGGAUGACGUCAGUGUCGCCGGAAGCCCUGAUGGCGAACCAUGUCCGUCGAACCCCAUCCAACCGCCUGCGGGCAUGGAAAAUUCGUCGGGCUAGGGACGAGUUCUUCGCCCAGGGCCCCGCCGGACCAUUUUCGCACUAUUCCAGGAGCCUUCUGCCGCCGAGCAGUCCGGAUGAUCAGUUGGAUUCAGAUGCUCUCCAGGCGGUGUAUCGCAAUGCUGCUACGAACCCGAGUUUCAGGAGAUCUAGAAGACCCGAACCAGUUGCGGAAGAGAACAGAUAUUCAACUGGGAGCAACGUCAGUUCUCAAAGUGCGAGCAUGGCGACCUCUGACACCAACGAGCAGUACCAUCACACGGAAUAUCUUUCCCGUUCUGCGAGUACCGGCAGUCUCCANGAGUACAUUACAUUUGAACUUGAUUCGUCGUGUUCAGAAGUUCAGAGCAAUGGUUCUGGUCCAAGCCCGGAACCACGUCGACCGCCGACAUUGCACCUGCCACCGCCACCUCAGCCUCUACCUGGGAUGACGUCAGUGUCGCCGGAAGCCCUGAUGGCGAACCACGUCCGUCGAACCCCAUCCAACCGCCUGCGGGCAUGGAAAAUUCGUCGGGCUAGGGACGAGUUCUUCGCCCAGGGCCCCGCCGGACCAUUUUCGCACUAUUCCAGGAGCCUUCUGCCGCCGAGCAGUCCGGAUGAUCAGUUGGAUUCAGAUGCUCUCCAGGCGGUGUAUCGCAAUGCUGCUACGAACCCGAGUUUCAGGAGAUCUAGAAGACCCGAACCAGUUGCGGAAGAGAACAGAUAUUCAACUGGGAGCAACGUCAGUUCUCAAAGUGCGAGCAUGGCGACCUCUGACACCAACGAGCAGUACCAUCACACGGAAUAUCUUUCCCGUUCUGCGAGUACCGGCAGUCUCCAACAGUACUCUCAAGACCCCAAACCCACGCCCAGAAGACGUCAGAACCAAAGCAACCAUCACGACGCCCAGCACGGGUUACCCCCGUCUGGCCCGAAACCCCAAUUCCGGAAAUCCCGACGUCGCAUUUCCCCGCUGCCUUUGUCUCCGUCUCGAAUCAAAGCCCCCUUCGUGGAACUGGCUCAUAAGAUUCUGGGGGUCACCAAGUCCAGUCAUCAUCAACAUGCUGAUUCCCACCUGAUGAUGGACACCAACAACAGCAGGGGGGUCGACAGCAAACGGGAACGAGGAGCAGUUCAAGCCCUGUGUCGACAGAGUUUGAUCGUUGACGUCAGUGAGUGUACGGACGACGAUGACCAACAGCGACAGGAAGGACGACGACGAGAAUCCAGCAGUGUGGUCACUCAGAGCUGUCCCUCGUCACCCGUGGGGCGACAGAAAAGAGUGUCGUCCACUAAUUCCGCUGUCGAUGGUCGUCGUCAGCAGAAACGAUCACAACCGUGAGCCGUUUGCGUAAUUCGGCGAAUCCAAAUCCUCGGACAUGGUUCACGAAAUACGUGUUACAGUAUUUGCUUUUAAUUAUUUCGUAUGCAUGCGCACAAUUCCAGGAAAACAAAAUCGUGCGAUCAUAUGAUUCAGUGGAACAGUUCAUCUACUUUAUUGUUGGCAUUGAAUGUGAAUUGGACGAAGAUGGUGUAAACGGAGGCCUUUUUUUUCGUCGUUUUGAAUUUUCAUUUACUGAAGUGCCAAAAGACGAUCCGAAGUUUAAAAG